CUGUCGGGCAGUGCAGCUGCUGUUGUGUCUCCUAAUAACAGGAAAGGAAUUAUGUCCGAAUUAAAAGCCUGCUACAUCGGAGAGCUAUACUGUGAAACCAAACGUAGGCUACAUCAGUAAAUGAACCUUCGUGAUUAUUCUCAUCAUUCACUCGCUAACGUGGCGUUAACUGGCGUCUGGACGGGUGAGGAGUUAUCGUUAGGACGUCGUUCGGUCUUUUUGAUCAGCUGCUCUCUGCAAAUGUUCGCUUCCCAGUGGGAAGAUAAGAGAAACUCCGGUACUGAAGCGCACGUAAGACUGCCAUCAUACCUUAAAUUUAACGAGGAAACCUCAAAGGACUACGAGGCUUGUAAUUCGAGUGAAACGGACUAAGAUGUUAUCGGGAUUUUAGGGAACGAAAAGAUUUAAACGUUCGAAGAUGAAGGAAACUGAUCAAGACACCUGACACACAUGAAAUAACAUGGACGUGUCUGGAUGUGAUUGUAAAUUGUUCGUGAGAAUGGUCUCGUUGGAGAAAUACAUGAAGUUAAGUGACUUGGUUUAAAUGCUUAUGGGUACAUUUGGCUAUUUGGACAAAUAAUAUUACUAAUACUUAAUCAUCAUGUUGAAGAUGGAACUAAUGAACAGAUAAAGCACCCGAAAUGGUUAUCUGAAGCUAUUUGGAUUCUUUGACAUUCACAAGAAGAAACAGCAUCACAGUCGAGAAAUGGCUCGCCUCCUUGUUUUCUUUAACUCUGUCGCACUGUUGCUCUUUGCUACUGACAUGUUUUUGGUUGGAGCAAACCGCCCUCCAGCUCCAGUCAAUGUGUCAAUCAUGAACCUGAGGGCCGACUCAGCAACUGUGUCCUGGGAGGUUCCAGAGGGUGAUGUCAUAAUUGGCUUCUCUAUUCUGCAGCAAAGGCAGGAUGGCCACGUGCAGAGGUUUAUCCGGGAGGUGAACACCACCAGCAGGGCAUGUGUGCUCUGGGACCUGGAGGAGGAGACUGACUACAUUGUUCAAGUCCAGUCUAUUGGCCUCUAUGGAGAGAGCCAAGCCAGCAAACGGGUCCACUUCAGAACCCUGAAGAAGUCAGACCGUUUCCCUUCCAACAGCUCAAACCAAGAUGACCCAACCGUUCAAGGCCUGGAUAAGUCUAGAAACCUGCAGACAGGAGAGAUGAUCAUCAUUGUGGUGGUGCUACUUAUGUGGGCAGCGGUCAUCGCACUCUUCUGCCGGCAGUAUGACAUUAUCAAAGACAAUGAUAACAGUAACAGUAAGGAGAAGGUCAAGCCGUCGUCUGAGCGGAGCACUCCUGAGCAUCACAGCGGUGGACUACUCAGAAGCAAGUUUCAUCAGUCUGUGCCAUCUAUCAACAUCAUUGAGGUCUAAUGGGACCACCUCCUCUUCACCCCUCCACCACAGAGUCACGGUACCAUAUGGAGCUACAGCAUUAGGUCGACCAUUACACUGGCUACCUCUGCAGCUCUCCAGAACUUACAACCCAUGAGCACCCAUGCAUGCACAUAGAUGCAGACAUGCACAAUGUGUCAAAAGCAAUCUACUCUUGUAGGGUAACUGUAUAUAAAGUAAACAUUACUGCUGUAUGUCUCAUUCGAAUUCUGUUGAUUUGCUGCAAUGUCAGCAAUGUUGCUUUACUCCUGUGUUUGCUCCUACAUACCUAUGUUCAUUUUUGAUAUGGUACUGUAGGACUUAGGCAGGGUUUCUUCCCACUUGGUUCAAUUUAUGUGUGUGCAGUCACAGUAAAAAUGGGGAUGGGGGGGGAUAGUGGCACUUGAGUGGAUGCUCACGGGCUUCUGAUUCAAGCAGCUGUGCGAGGCUGCUCAUGAAUCUACCCCCACAGUCUGCUCAGCACUGGAAAAUAACAAGCACUGAGCACAUGUGCUAACAAGGAGAGCCAUAUGGAAUACAAAGGGACAAUGCAGCACAUCACCGCUGGAAGGGUAACCAGGGAAAAUACUGUUUGAACACCGAAGAUUGUUACAGUGAUAAAAGCGUGCUUGGUUAAGUUACAUAGAUGGAAAGAAAUAAUUUGCCAACACAAAUCUUGACCGAGCUGUUCACAUGAUUAGAAAUAGGUAGCUCUGUGCACUCAGCAGAGUCUGUCAAAGCUUGGAUAGUAUUGGUAGAACUUUCGAUGUGAAUGUUUCAGUGUUUUGCGAUCAUGACUAGAACUGACUAGAAAAAGUAAGGUGAACAAGCUCCAAAAUAUUUACUAGGAUGCAUGCUGCCCAAUGCUUGUAUAUAAUGUCUAAUAAUAUUGACUGUGUGCAGCAUCAUUAAUUGUAAAUAGAAGACAGUAACAUGAAGCAUCCACUCUAUCAGAUUGUAUCUGUGUAAAGUCAAUACAUAGUGUUAUCAAACCUUUUUUCCAGCAAUAAAAUGAAAACACAAUGUCUGCAUUCUCAAAGUUUUCCUUCAGUGAUCUUCAUAACGUCAUAGAGAAAAAAUAAGUUAUUUUGAACACUUUCUCUAACAGUAUGAAGAUUUAAAUCCUGAUGAUCUAUGAUGCAUUUGGGAAACUGGGUGCAGCUUCAUAACAGUAUCAUGAUAUAUCAAACAUCAUAUCAAAUAUGAUAUUUGAUAUCAAAUAUGAUAUCAAGUAUGAUAUAUCAUGAUAUACCAAAUAUGAAAUUAUCUAUAUAAAUAGUUAUUACAUCCUUACAAUGUUUAAAAUUAAUAAAUCAGAAAUCAAUUUCACUGGUAUUAGAUUUAGACCAUGUAUCCAAUAAGAUAGCUUG